AAGAAAAGCCAAUUGCUGAGAGCUAAGUUCCAUGGAGAAAAAAACUCACAUAGCCGUUAUUCCCAGUGCAGGACUCACCCAUCUUGUCCCAAUUAUUGAGUUCUCCAAGCGACUUGUUCAGCUAUUCCCAGAUUUUCAUGUUAAUUGCAUCAUUCCCACACUUGGGUCUCCUUCCUCUUCCUCCAUAGCCUACCUUCAAACUCUUCCUUCAAAUAUACAUUCCAUUUUUCUCCCACCAGUUCAUGAAAAAGACAUUAUUGCUCACCAAAACGAUCAGCCAGUUCAUAUUGCAGUCCAAAUUCAACGCGUAGUGACUCUCUCACUGCCAUAUAUUCGUCAGGAAUUGGAAUCCUUGAGCUCAAGAGACGGCCUUUCAGCUUUGGUUGCUGAUCCUUUUGCCUUGGAAGCACUAGAAAUUGCUUCCGAACUCAAUAUAUUAUCUUAUGUAUACUGCCCCUUUUCUGCCAUGGCUUCAUCUCUUUACUUGCGUGCACCAAUGUUGGAGAAGACAAUCUCUGUGGAGUUCAGAGACCUACAAGAUCCCAUAGAGAUGCCAGGCUGUGUGCCAAUACAGGGAAGAGAUCUCAUAGACUCUCUUCAAGAUCGAAGCAACAUAGUUUACGAGCAAUUUCUUGAGCGUUGCAGAAGAAUCAGUCAUGCUGAUGGAGUUCUUGUUAAUAGUUUCUCAGAAUUGGAAACUGAGACAAUUAAAGCCUUACAAGAAGAGUUCAAAGGAAAGCCCAAGAUUUACCCCGUAGGACCCAUAUUACAAAGUGGGUUAUGUAGUGAGCAAGAUAUUAACGGAUCGGAUUGUUUAAAAUGGUUGAACAAUCAAAAUGCCAGAUCAGUUCUAUAUGUUUCAUUUGGGAGCGGAGGGACAGUGUCUCAAGAUCAACUUAAUGAACUUGCUUUCGGGUUGGAACUAAGUAGUAAGAAGUUCUUAUGGGUUGUGAGAGCCCCAAGUAAAAUUGCUAGUGCCACUUAUCUUGGUUUUGAAAACAGGAAUCCUUUAGAUUUCUUACCAGAAGGGUUUUUGGAGAGAAUCAAAGGCAAAGGUUUGGUCAUUCCUUCAUGGGCACCUCAAAUUCAAAUACUUAGCCACAAAGCAAUUGGUGGGUUUUUGAGUCAUUAUGGUUGGAAUUCCAUUCUUGAGAGCAUACAGAAGGGAGUGCCAUUGAUAGCUUUUCCAUUGUUUGGAGAGCAGAGAAUGAAUGCUGUUUUAGUAACCAAUGGCCUGAAGGUGGCAUUAAGGCCACAGGUUAACGAAAAUGGCAUGGUGAAAAGGGAAGAAAUUGCAAAAUUGAUAGAGAGUUUGAUGGAAGGUGAAGAAGGUAAAGAGAUUCGUGCAAGAAUGAAGGAUUUAAAUGAUGCUACUGCUAAUGCACUGAGUGAAGAAUUUGGUUCCUCUGCAAAAAUACUCUGUCAAAUGGCACUCAAGUGGAAAAAUUUUGGUGGGAUUGAAAAAUGAUAAUUUUUUUUAAUAUUUUGGUUUUGUUUUCCAGUUAUUGAUUCUAGCUUAUUGUUUCGUAUUGGAAUAUUAAAUUUGGUUCUUGGUCAAUCCAAAAUCAGAAAAAUUGUUGU